UUCCCCGCCCGUCGCUAGCGGCGGCCGCUGCCCGUCUUCCAGAGGCGCGGGGGCCCGAUCUCCGAGCCCUCUGCCCCCUCGGCUGCUAGGGGACCGAGCAGCUGCGCAGCCGGCGGCGCUCUUGGCUGUGGGGGCCUCGCGGAGCACGUCGGAGGAGAACGACAUGGACAAAGCCAUCAAGGAAACCUCCAUUUUAGAAGAAUACAAUAUCAACUGGACUCAGAAGCUGGGAGCUGGAAUUAGUGGUCCAGUUAGAGUCUGUGUAAAGAAAUCUACCCAAGAACGGUUUGCACUGAAAAUUCUUCUUGAUCGUCCAAAAGCUAGAAAUGAGGUACGUCUGCACAUGAUGUGUGCCACACACUCAAAUAUAGUUCAGAUUAUUGAAGUGUUUGCUAACAGUGUACAAUUUCCUCAUGAGUCCAGUCCCAGGGCUCGACUCUUAAUUGUAAUGGAGAUGAUGGAAGGGGGAGAGCUAUUUCACAGAAUCAGCCAGCACCGGCACUUUACAGAGAAGCAAGCCAGCCAAGUAACAAAGCAGAUAGCUUUGGCUCUACAGCACUGUCACUCGUUAAACAUUGCACACCGAGAUCUCAAGCCUGAAAAUCUACUUUUCAAGGAUAACUCUUUGGAUGCUCCAGUGAAGUUGUGUGACUUUGGAUUUGCUAAAAUUGACCAAGGUGACUUGAUGACACCCCAGUUCACCCCUUAUUAUGUAGCACCUCAGGUACUGGAGGCACAGAGAAGGCAUCAGAAGGAGAAAUCUGGUAUCAUACCUACCUCGCCAACACCCUACACUUACAACAAGAGCUGUGACUUAUGGUCCCUAGGGGUGAUUAUCUAUGUGAUGCUGUGUGGAUAUCCUCCUUUUUAUUCCAAACAUCAUAGCCGGACUAUCCCAAAGGACAUGCGGAGAAAGAUUAUGACAGGCAGUUUCGAGUUCCCAGAAGAAGAAUGGAGCCAGAUCUCAGAGAUGGCCAAAGAUGUUGUGAGGAAGCUCCUGAAGGUCAAACCUGAGGAAAGACUCACCAUUGAGGGAGUGUUGGACCACCCUUGGCUCAACUCUACCGAGGCCCUUGAUAAUGUGCUGCCCUCUGCUCAACUGAUGAUGGAUAAGGCGGUGGUUGCAGGAAUCCAGCAGGCUCAUGCAGAGCAGUUGGCCAACAUGAGAAUACAGGACCUGAAAGUCAGCCUCAAACCCCUGCACUCAGUGAACAACCCCAUUCUGAGGAAGAGGAAGUUACUCGGCACCAAGCCAAAGGAUGGUGUUUACAUCCACGACCAUGAGAAUGGAGCUGAGGAUUCAAAUGUUGCCUUGGAAAAGCUUCGAGAUGUGAUUGCUCAGUGUAUUCUGCCCCAGGCUGGUAAAGGAGAGAAUGAAGAUGAGAAGCUGAAUGAAGUAAUGCUGGAGGCCUGGAAGUAUAACCGGGAAUGCAAACUCCUAAGGGAUACCCUGCAAAGCUUCAGCUGGAAUGUUUCAGGUCGUGGAUUCACAGACAAAGUAGAUCGACUAAAACUGGCAGAAAUUGUGAAGCAGGUGAUAGAAGAGCAAACCACUUCCCAUGAAUCCCAAUAAUGACAACUUCAAACUUUUUUUUAACGAUUUGAAAAAAAUAUUGCUUAAUGUGUAAA